GCCGUGGCACAGCGAAUUCCAGGUUCCUAGAGUUUCAGCAGGCCGAUCUGUCGCAGCAUUAGUAGCGGUGAGCAGACCAGUCGUGCAUCCUCUGCUACCAAAUCAGGCGAGCAUCCUCCCGGCUAUUCUCGUGAUCGACGCGCGUCCGAAUCUCCAUCAUGGUUCUCGAGGCCACCGUGGUGUGCGUAGACAACUCCGAGUGGAUGCGGAAUGGCGACUACGCGCCGUCGCGCUUCCAGGCGCAAUCCGACGCGAUUAACCUCAUCUGCGGCGCCAAGACGCAGUCGAAUCCCGAAAACACUGUUGGCAUUCUGACCAUGGCGGGUAAAGGCGUGCGCGUGCUCGUCACCCCCACAGCCGACCUUGGGAAGAUCCUCUCCACCAUGCAUGGUUUGGAGGUGGGCGGGGACACCAACCUGCUGUCCGGGCUGCAGGUGGCGCAGCUGGCGCUCAAGCACCGGCAGAACAAGAACCAGCGCCAGCGCAUUGUCCUCUUUAUCGGCAGCCCUGUGCCUGCAGACACGGACACGCUGGUGAAGGCGGGCAAGCGGCUGAAGAAGAACAACGUGGCUCUGGACAUCGUGAGCUUCGGGUCGGAGGAGGAGGACGAGCAGAAGCAGGCGAAGCUGGAGGCGCUGCUAGGCGCCGUCAACAGCAACGACAACUCGCACCUCGUGCACGUGCCGCCUGGGCCCGCUGUGCUCUCGGACGUGCUCAUCAGCUCCCCUGUGUUCACAGGGGACGGGGAGGGCGGCAGUGGCUUCGCAGCAGCAGCAGCGGCGGGGGCAGCGGCAGCAGCGGCAGCAGGAGGGGGCGGGCUGGGGGGCGACUUCGACUUUGGCGUGGACCCGAGUGUGGACCCGGAGCUCGCCCUGGCGCUACGUGUAUCCAUGGAGGAGGAACGGGCGAGGCAGGAGGCCGCUGCCAGGAAGGCUGCUGAGCAGGAGGCUGGUGCUGGGGGUGGUGGGGGGAGUGGUGGGGAGGGGGAGGGGGGGAAGGGGGAUGUGGCGAUGGGGGAGGGGGAGAAGAAGGCGGACGAGGGGCGGGCCACUGCUGCGGCUGCUGCUGCUGACGUUGCCAUGGACGACGAGGCAGCUCUGUUGCAGCAAGCCCUGGCCAUGUCCAUGGCAGCAGCAGCAGCGGGAGGGGCUGGAGAUGCUGCCAUGCUGGAUGCUGCUGCUGGAGGGGAGGAUGCUGAGCUGGCACUCGCCCUGCAGCUGUCGAUGCAGGAGGCAGCGGAGGAGGGAAAGAAAGAAGCAGCAGCAGCCGAAGCAGGGGCGGCAGGUGAAGCGCCAGCUGCAGCAGCAGCAGCAGCAGGCGCACCUGGGGAUGUGGAUAUGAGCCAAGUGCUGGGCGACGCUUCCUUUGUGAACUCCAUCCUCUCCUCGCUGCCAGGAGUGGACCCAAACGACCCCUCUGUGCGGGACGUGCUGGCAUCACUCGCUCCCUCUCAGCCUCCCAAGGACUCAGAAGAGAAGCCUAAGGAGGACCAGUGAAAGCAACAGUAGGUAGAUGCAUGACAGUAGUUAAGUUGUGUGAUGACUCAACUUCUUUGACAUGCCCUGCCGUGGUGAAAGAAGCACCCUGCAUUACUGACACCAGCCGCUUACCUGUUGGUAUGUUAUUCACCAAGUGUCAUUCAGUGACU